AGACAACUUUCCGAUUUGGCGGAAAGCAAAGGCGACCACUCAACGCGACCACUUUCACCAACCAUCUUCUAGUUAUUGCUUGCCUAAACAAAUAACAACGCCCUUUGAUAUUUCCUCGUGGUCAUCUCUUACAGGGAAAGGCAAUGUGACCUUACUGACAGAAGAUUACUAUCUGUUCGGCUCUGAUGCUCCUCCUAGGAGCUCACUUUUAAAUCAACCUUCGGUUGACGAGCGACAAACAUACACCGAACAAGCCUUAAGGACAUCAAACCCACUUGACCAGGUGAUUUAGAUAAACAUGCCCGACCUCAAUUCCGUCCCACCCUCUCCCCAUAUUCUUGCCGCCUCUCGUCAAACUUCCAACCAGAACGGCCAGUCUCAAGUCUCGCCCCCUCCUCAAACGCCCAUCUCGCCCUCUCUUAACAUUUUACCCUCGAAUCAGCAUGCUGUCAACCGAGCAUCUUUGACUUCUCUCCCAUCACCAUCACUAUCCGGAGUUUCUGCAAUGCCUCCGCAUCCCGCCCCAGGACAAGACAACACCGGCGUUGGUGCUGGUCCAGGUCCCUUGAGACAUCCACGUCCCCUGACAGCUGCUGAGUUACAUUCGCAGCUAGAGCAGGAGCAGGAGCUAUUGGUGAACCGCUUAACGCGUGAUUUGACUAUGCUUCGAGCGGCGCAGAACUCGUCAGUGGCCUCGAAUACUUCAUCAACGAGCGCAUCGACCUCUGCUGAUCAGACCCACCCAUCGUCCUUCACCGACACCCAUCUCCUAUCUGGCCCUGGAUUUCCCCUUCCCACGACUAGUGCUGAUCGUCGACAUCACCGAACGGGAUCGAGUGCUAGUACGCGUAGUCUGAACCAGUCUAUUACUGCCUCACAAGGCUCUACACCUGCUCCUAUACCGAUCCCUCAUUCAGGAAACGCUGCUUCGGUUCUAGAAGCGGCAAGGAAUCCUCGAGGUGCUCCAGGCAUGAGCCGACAGAAUAGCACCGCUUCUCAGAGAAGCGGAAGUCGAACUCAUUCACCGCAUCCGUACCACAUUAGCACUAGCCUUGGCUCCUCUUACACGCAACCACACGGAUUUUCUUAUGAUUAUGGAUCGAAUUACUUCCCUCGUGGCUCAGCAUCCUCCAGUACCAGUGUUGCCGCUACUCCCGGAGGGGAGCUCUCUCCGGGCCUCUUACCGGCGACUCUGCGGUACGAGGAGACGGCUCACUACCGACAAGAGUUAGACUUAGCUAAGCGCGAGAACGAAUCUCUCAAGAGACGUAUCAAGGAUUUGGAGCGAGCUCUACGUGACCGUCGGCAGAGCGAUGCUAGCCGCACUAGCGCUGGAAGGGACCGGAGCGAGAGUAGCAGCACUGCGGCAAGUGCUAACGUCAAUGCCGGCGGUGCUGCUAGGGUCGGAAGCGUCAUCGGAGGUGGUACGACUAUAGCCGGAGACCGCAGAGGAGAACGUAGAGCCAUGGAGCGAGGAAUUAGCAACCUGAGUAUCUCUGGUAGCGUUGGGGCUGGCGUGCCUGAGGAGGAACUGAAAGUGGGCGAGAGUGCUGCGAGCGCUGGUCUACCACCAGUCGGCGACCAGAGUCGGGAUACGAAGUAGGGAUAUGGACAUCGAGUCUCAGACGGGUAUUGGACCGCGGUGCGGAUUUCUCAAAAUAUCAAUACCGAUGUCUAUGUGGACGGAGAUCACUGUUGGACGGAUGAAUAAAAUGAUUGCACGAGGUACUGCACCUCUUGGUUGUGUUAGGCCAGUUAAGAGUCUUUCCCCUAGCUUUGGUCAAGGACGGUUCCUGAAGACAUGCUCAAUCUCACUAGGUAGCUGCUUAACUGAGUACCUAGCAAUCUUGCUAUCAACGUACGGUAGACCACACUGAUUAAUAAACACCGUAUGUUAGGAGGUUCGAUGUUUCAGUUGGUGCUCAUUCUAUCGUUUAUGCUGAAUACUGCCUGAGUCUUUUAAGACUCAUAUUAAGCCAUCUAAAUGUGCUAAUAAUAGUCUUCAUUAAGACACUACCUCUUAAC